AUGCCCGUCCCAUUCGAGACCUUGAUUCCCUAUGGAAUCAUCCUUGCGAUGUUCGGCGUGUCCGGCGUGGGACUUGCCAACAUGAAGUACUACCAAAACGGGGGCAAGCGAGCGAGGCGCUCGCUCGAUCAGUGGGACAGACAGAUGAUGAACCGCGAUAGGCGGUUAACUGGAUUCCUCAGGGGCCAGACGUCAAAUGCAGUGGCACCAGAUGGCUACGAAUUGAACAACCCCUGGAGAGUCGAGCGACGCAUAUGCUAG